AUGCAGAAACAGGAGAAAAGUUUUGGCAUACAAAUGCUCUCAGUUCAGCCAGACACCAAGCCGAAAGGUUGUGCUGGCUGCAACCGCAAAAUCAAGGAUCGGUACCUCCUAAAGGCGCUGGACAAAUACUGGCAUGAGGACUGCCUGAAGUGUGCCUGCUGCGACUGUCGUCUGGGAGAGGUGGGCUCCACCCUGUACACUAAAGCUAACCUUAUCCUCUGUCGCAGAGACUACCUGAGGCUGUUCGGUGUAACGGGAAACUGUGCUGCCUGUAGCAAGCUCAUCCCUGCCUUUGAGAUGGUGAUGCGUGCCAAGGAUAAUGUGUACCACCUGGACUGCUUUGCCUGUCAGCUUUGCAACCAGAGAUUUUGUGUGGGAGACAAAUUUUUCUUAAAGAAUAACAUGAUCCUCUGCCAGACAGACUAUGAAGAAGGCCUAAUGAAAGAAGGUUAUGCACCCCAGGUCCGCUGA